UGCUACAUGUGCUACGACAAAUUUCAUAAAAUUUUUCAAUUCCUCCGGUCGGGCGGAGAAGUUUAGGACGUUAAUCGCGUCAGGUCGGAGGCUGCUCUUCGCAGCUUACCAUAAACGAACUCGCAAAACCAAUCAGCUAUUCGAGGUCUACCAAGAGUCAAAGCUCACUGUCUCUUAUCGCACAGCAUUGAGUAGGUAAAGUAGUGCGUAGCAUUGCUAUUCUCUCUAUUCUCUCUGAAGAAAAUCAACAAACACAGGACAUGGAUCUGGCAUUUCUUCUCCACGCUCUAAUUCCCUCGUGGGCCUCAGUUGGGAUCUUAGCCACGUUUUUUACCUACUUGGCCAUUGUUGGAUCCAUACUACCCGGAAAAGUUGUUUCCGGUGUGAUCUUACAGGACGGUACCCGUCUUCACUAUCGCUGCAACGGUUUGUUAUCGCUUGUUGUGCUGGUUGGGCUUCUCGGGAUCGGCGCAAAGAUGAAUUACAUAUCGCCCACUGUGAUAUCAGACAGAGGGCUUGAGCUGCUAUCAACAAUUUUAGCCUUCAGUUUUCUUGUGACCUUGGUACUCUAUGCUGCUGGCUGCAAGUCAAGCAAUCAGGUUUCUUCCCUGAAACCUCAUCUCACAGGGAGCUUAAUACAUGACUGGUGGUUUGGAAUUCAGCUCAAUCCUCAGUGUAUGGGCAUUGACCUCAAAUUUUUCUUCGUUAGAGCUGGAAUGAUGGGCUGGCUACUUAUCAACCUAUCAGUUCUAGCGAGAAGCAUUCAAGAUUCCACUGUGAGCCGAUCAAUGAUCCUCUACCAGCUGUUUUGUGGGUUAUACAUCCUAGAUUACUUUGUUUAUGAGGAAUACAUGACCUCCACAUGGGACAUAAUUGCUGAAAGGUUGGGCUUCAUGUUGGUAUUUGGAGAUCUAGUGUGGAUCCCUUUCACUUUUAGCAUUCAGGGCUGGUGGCUUUUGAGCAACAAGCCCGAGCUUACAACAGCAGCUGUAAUAGCCAAUUGCUUUGUUUUUCUGAUGGGGUAUCUCGUAUUUAGAGGAGCUAACAAGCAAAAACAUGUAUUUAAGAAGAAUCCCAAAGCACUUAUAUGGGGCAAGCCUCCAAAAGUCAUUGGGGGAAAGUUGCUUGCUUCCGGUUUCUGGGGAGUUGCACGGCACUGUAAUUACCUUGGGGAUCUGUUGCUUGCUCUGUCCUUCAGUUUACCGUGUGGGAUAAGCUCCCCAAUUCCAUACUUUUAUCCCGUUUAUCUGCUUAUUCUGCUAAUUUGGAGAGAAAGGAGGGAUGAAGCUCGCUGUGCCUUGAAGUACAAAGAAGUCUGGGCAGAGUACUGUAGACUUGUUCCAUGGAGAAUAUUGCCUUACUUCUAUUAGCACCCAGUCACCAAGGAACCUGUUUCAAUUAAUGUUCAUGCAUCUCUUGUUGAAGAAGUUUUGUGUACUUGUAGCGAGCUAAAUGAAUUUCUUCUUGGGUUUUUUGCGUACUAGUAGCUAACUAAAUGAAUUAUUCUUGGGUUUAUGAUUAAUAAGCCUGUAAUUUACUAUCAAUCAUAGCAUCCAGGUGGGAACAUAUUCUCACAACCUGCUUCGUCCUCA